ACUCAAAUAUUUGACCAGGAAACGAUUUUAUACAGACCGCCAGUGUUUACAGAAACAUACAGCGGCUGCUUGGCAGCGGGUUAUGACCUUCACCUGCAGAAACGUUGCGCAAAACCGGUUAACGAUGAAACACUUGAUAGACUUCUUACAUGAAUGUAACCACAAGAACAGGGCGCAAUGAGAUACAUGUUGCGAUGUGAACCACUCGUGCCCCUAUUGCUGUUUAUAACAGUGUUUGUGCAGCAUACGGCCUGGGCUGACCCCUGUACGGACUAUCAAGAACUGAACCAGGCUCGCCGAAGCGCUGCGGCCGAGGUAGACUCGGGGAGCGACCUCCUUUGCGACAACACCCUAUCAAAAGGCUGGUACCGGUUCAUAAGUUAUGUCGGCGGUGAGAUCCCUACAACCUGUGUGGAGCCGUACCACUGUGGAACCCAGGUUCCUAUAUGGAUGAACGGAACCCUACCGACAGACAGUACUGUAGUCAACAGAACGGUUUGUCCGAACUACGGUGUACCGGGGAACUGUUGUCCUUUCCCGUGGAACAUCCAGGUCAAACGGUGUGUGGAUACACAAGGGGUUUUCUACGUGUACGAGUUGGUGCCAACGACUAGCUGUUCUCAGGCCUACUGUGCAGGAACACUUCGACUUUGCCCAGAUGGCGAGAUAUACGACCAGAGCAAUGGCGAUUGCCGAGAGACCCGUCAUCCUGCACCUUGUAACUUUGAAGCGAUAGGAACGUGCGAAUGGCGUCAAAUGACAAGUGAUGACACCGACUGGACAUCACAGACAGCCGGCGCGACUGAAGCACCUAACCUACCUUUAGUUGACAACACGUUAGGGAAAAGUGGAGGGCAUUUCCUAUCAGUCGGUGAUGGUGCCAGAAUACAGCCAUUGGACACAGCCGGAAUCAUCAGCCCAGUUAUCGUGCCUUCCAUAUCGAGACCAUGCAAUAUGACGCUUCACUACUUCUUACCACGACAAGAUGCAGGAAGCCUCUAUGUGUUGACCCGCCUAUACAACACUGGGGUAGAAAGAACCGCCUGGCAUUCAAAUAAAACAACAUCUAGCUGGGAGGAGGCAACUGUUACAUUUGUGGAACGGGAAGCAUUUGAAGUUAUCAUACAGGGUGGUAUAGGGAAUGGAAAAGACGCUGUACUUGCCAUUGAUGACAUCUCCUUCUCUUGGGACUGUGUACGUGAAGUUGACGGAAGUGUCCGACUGGUUGACGGUUCGAGGUUCGACGAAGGCCGUGUGGAGAUCUACUACAACCACCGCUGGGGAACCAUCUGUAACAUCGGCUGGACACAGACUAGUGCUGAUGUGGUGUGUGCUCAACUGGGGUACAGGGCGUCUGUCUGGACAGAUUCUAGGUAUCCUGCACCGAACUCAACACCCAUCUUACUAGAUGAGGUUAUAUGUAACUCCAGGAACGAAUCCAAAAUCACCGAUUGUCGCACGAAACCAUGGGAAAACUGGAGUCCACUUUGUAACCAUGCCAGGGAUGUGUCAGUACGAUGUGUAGGUAACUGGCAUCAGUGCAGACAAGAUGCUUUUGUUUGCACUAACCAGGCAUGUCUACCCAGGAGUGCCGAGUGUGACUUCUCUGACGACUGUGGGGAUGGAAGUGACGAAAGUGAUUGUGAUGAUCCCACACCUCCUCCUGCUGGUUUGACAUCUGGGGCAAUAAUUGCCAUUGCAGUAUCCACAACAGUAGUUGUUGUAGGAGUAAUCAUCGCAACGGUCCUUAUAAUAAAGUUCAAAACAACAAAACAUCAGAGAAAGCCAUCUCCAGACACUUAAACUUGAUGAGACUGACGGCAUUAGCACGUUUUUGUCAGCGUUAAUGGUGCUUGGCAUCAUUCUAAAGAAUGCACCAUGCAAACUAUGUAUGCUUAAUAAACUACGCGCCGAAGUACCAUCAGUAUAUUAGCUCUGUUUUUCUUAUGUGUAUGUUUUCCAAUUACAUUAGUGAUCUAAGCACGGUUUUAAAGUGCUCUUUAAUGAUGCUUCAAGUAUGCUUCAGUGUGUUUCGUAAAGGGCUUGCUGUUACUGUAUAAUCAAUUUCACAAAAUAGUAUAAGAGACCACGUUUGCUACAUAAUUAGCGAAUGUACGAAAGGAAUUUACCUUACAAAAGGACUAUGUUAUACGGAAUAAGAAUGUGCUGCAGCUAUGGAAUAAGAAUGUACAAAUGUAUUGUAACUAAAUCAAAGGCGAUGUUGAUAUUACAUAGCAAUAUAGUAUUACAGUGUAUGUUUCUUUUAGCUACAUUGUCAAUCCAUGACUUUUGAAUACAAAUGUGUCACAAUAUUUACUGAAAUGCCACAAAUGUUCAUCUUAUGUUAUAUUUGUUAUUGUAUAUAAAACGAAGAAUCCAGUUCCACUGUAUAACAUUGCUUUGUAGUUAAUGGUGUUGCUACUUAAGGUCUAACAUCCCUUUGUAGUUAAUGCUGUUGCUAAUGAAGUCCAAUCCAAAAUUAAAUCAGAAUAUAUAAGUAAUGUACUACGGCUCAUUUUUUGUGACAUAUCAAGCACGUUUUUCUGGGAACGAUUUUCGCUAACAGUAAAAUUGUUUGUAUUAUAAAGAAGUUAAAUUAUGGGUCAACCUUUUAAAUUACAUCCUAACGUUAAGAGGAAGCCCCUUUAUAAAAAUCAUUUGAAGUGUUUUGAACAAAGGAGGAAGAAAAAAUAACAUCUGCAAGUGAUAUAAGG